AUGCCGGAGGAGGCGCUAUGGGCGGCGGCCAAGGACCGCUUAUCGGCGCUCAUCGAGGCGGGCGACGUCCGCGGCGCGUUGGCGCUCGUGCGCAAGCUCCUGCGGCCGCGCGCCGUGCAACACGCGAACGCGGGCGCCAAGGGCGAGCUGCCCGACGACUUGCAGGAGCACUACGAUUCGUUCGCGGUGCGGCGAAAGCGCAGCCGGGACGACGAGGCCGUCAAGGAGGCGUUCAUCGACAGCUUCGAGUCGUUGGUCCUCUUGGUCAACGCCGACGGCGAGGGCCGGCAGCAGUUCUUGCGGGCUACUCUCUGGCCUGCAGAAUCCAGGAUGAUCGACGGGAAGCGCGGCUGCAACCGAGCGUUGGUCGCCGGCGGGAACAACUGGAACUGCUUGGUCGUCGACAAGGACGGCUCGUUGUGCCUAGCGAAUCAGACGAAAGCGGCGAAGGAGAAGCAUCGUUUGGCGAUGGACCCUACGGCACACGCGCGUCGGGAUGCCUUCAAGGAGACCGACGCCUCCCGCGUCGAGGUCUACGAGAUGACCGGCGACGAGCUCGCGCUCGAGUACCACGCCCGCGGCGCGACGAAAUCGACGACGUAUGCCAAUUCCAAUUUGUUGAAGCGCGAACUCGCGGAGCGCCUGUGGGCGCUGCGGCGCGAGAUGCGCGGCGAAGCCCCGGCGCCGUUCCCGUUCGCGGACAAAUUCGAGGCGGCACACGCGCGUCGGGUUGCUUUCGAGGAGACCGACGCCUCCCGCGUCGAGGUCUACGAGAUGACCGGCGACGAGCUCGCGCGCGAGUACAACGCCCGCGGCGCGACGAAAGCGACGACGCAUUCCGGAACCAAUUUGACGAAGCUCGAACUCGCGGAGCGCCUGUGGGCGCUGCGGCGCGAGAUGCGGGGCGAAGCCCCGGCGCCGUUCCCGUUCGCGGACGAGGUGCACCAGUUUUUCGGCGGGGACCCUACGGCACACGCGAGUCGGGCGCGUCGGGAGGCCUUCGAGGAGACCGACGCCUCCCGCGUCGAGGUCUACGAGAUGACCGGCGACGAGCUCGUGCGCGAGUACCACGCCCGCGGCGCGACGAAAGCGACGAAAUUUUGCAACAUCCGUCUGUCAAAGCGCGAACUCGCGGAGUGCCUGUGGGCGCUGCGGCGCGAGAUGCGGGGCGAAGCCCCGGCGCCGUUCCCGUUCGCGGACAAAUUCGAGGCGGCACACGCGCGUCGGGUUGGUUUCGAGGAGACCGUCGCCUCCCGCGUCGAGGUCUACGAGAUGACCCCCGACGAGCUCGUGCGCGAGUACCACGCCCGCGGCGCGACGAAAGCGACGACGUAUUCCAAUUGCAGCAAAUUGUUGAAGCUUCAACUCGCGGAGCGCCUGUGGGCGCUGCGGCGCGAGAUGCGGGGCGAAGCCCCGGCGCCGUUCCCGUUCGCGGACCAUAUCGCCGCGCGUUGCGCCGCGGCGCGCCAGCGGAGCCGCGUCGAGCGGCCGCUCGCGGCGGCCGCUCCGGCCACAGACGCACCUGCCACAGGCCAUAAGGCGCGAAGAGCAAGAACAAAACGCUACGCACCACACAGACACACCAAAACCACCAUGCUCGCGUCCGGGACGCCCUUCUUCCAGGAGUUCCACUGCGUUCUCCAGGACGACGCGUUGGGGUUGCUCAUCAAGCCCAUGAACGACAUCCCCGUGGUCCGGGGCCUGAAGCCCGGCGCCGACGGCAUGCCGGGCGCGGCCGAGCGCGCGGGCGUCACCGUCGGGAGCAUCCUCGUCGCCGUCAACGGCCGCGAGACGCUCCGCGAGGGCUUCAAGGCGACGAUGCUCGCGGCGAAGACCGCGAGCCGCCCCGUGACCCUGGGCUUCCGGCGCCUCCACGCGGUCACGGAGCCCGUACCGGAGCAGGGCCCGCGGCCCGCGCGACGCUACUGGCAGGGCUACCUCUUCGCGCGCUUCGCGGCCGCGCGGAGCUGGACGGGCCGCUUCUACGUCCUCCGCGAGGACGGCGAGCUGCGGGCCUACCCGGGCAAGGACCUCGUGGACGGCGGCCACGUGGAAGACUUGAGAGUCGUCCACGCGCCCCUGCGGGCGUCGGCGGAGGACGUCGCGGCGGCCGCGCGGACCGUGGGCGACUUGGGCGACGACGGCCGCGGGAGCCUGGACCCGCGCGCGUUCGCGGCGCCCGUCGUCGACGGCGACGUCGGCGCCGCGCGCGACGGGCCGAGCGACGCGACGCGCUGGGCCUUCUUCCGCGGCGAGACGCCCGAGGCGCGCCUGGACUGGAUCGCGGCGCUGACGACCUUGGCCGUCGCGUUCGAGGAGAAGGGCGACGACGACGGGUCGUCCGCGGACGCGGGCGCGACGACGGUGGCCGUUGGAUUAGCAUCCGCCAAGCGCGAGGUCGCGCGCCAGGGCUACCUCUGGGCAUUGCUUUCCGUUGAUCUUGCAUCUAAGGGUUGUGUCAUUUUCCUCGGAGACUCUUCAAUAUGUGACUGGUAUCAAUGGAAAAAUGCAACACAAUUCACUUCAUUAAAAACGCACAUGAAUUGUCAAGGCAAUUUAGCACCCCUGGAAGUAUCUGUCGAUUCCGAUCUGAACAGACGCAUGCAUAGUGCCUCUCACCCUCCAGAGUCAGAUUUGGUCAAGAUAAGGAGCUUGUGUUGCAAAGUUGGCAUGCAAUUGCCUUCUGAUGAAUCUAACUUUUUUAUGCAUGGUCUGACUUCGGUUGGGGUCUUUCAGCUUAUCUCUCUUGUACGCCACGAAUUUGAUGCAUCGUUUACACCCGAACAUCUCAAGGCACAUCCAACUAUCAUGCAACUUGCUGGCUGGUACACCGUUUUAAAAAAUGCUCUUGAUGCUGCUUCUUUACUUCAGAUUGGAGUGUGGCGCAUUACAAGGCUCGAGCGUGUAUUGUUUUUUUUCUUUCAUCACGUCACAUAUGUACACAAGUACUUGGUCUACACACUUCAGUACAGUUCAAAUCGGAUUUCGACCGUGCCUGUUUACUUCCCACGUACUAGCUUCUAUCCACUUAGCAUCCCAAAUAUGAUCAUGAGCACAAUAUCCCCUCCAGUUCCGCCCAUCAUUGUUCUUCUUGAAAUCUGGGUUUCUGUUGCUCAGAAUUUGACGCUUCAAUCCCUAUGGCCAAUGGAACUUAUUGAAAAUCACUGCAGGCUUGCUGGUUGUAGAAAAUGGCACUCGUAUACCACAACUGCACCUCACGCUAUGCCUUGGGAGGCAGUGACUCUGGGAAUAACUUCCUUCGACAUAUCGGGCGAGUUGUGUCAUAAUAGUGGCUGUGGCGAUAAUUUGUCUUACUUCAAAUGCAAGAGUCAUAAGACACCAUUUAUUUCCGCCACCUACUAUAUGCGACUCCUCGAACUAUUUUCAGGCACUCACAGCGUUGGGAAAGUGGCAAAAAAAAUGGGCUGGGAGGUGACCUCUUUGGACCUGCGAAACGCUGACAUCAACUGCGAUAUUAUGAAUUGGGACUAUUCCCACAUUCCCGCGGGAUACUACGACGCUAUUUGGAGUUCGCCCCCUUGUGAGAAAUUCUCUCAUCUCCGCCGUUCUUGGAUUGGACGCAAGUUAAAAGCCUUUGGAGACGUGCCAGUGACUGCCGAGAUGCUCAACGAGGAUAUGGUGGCAAACGGUCUGCCAAUUCUACGAAAAACCGAAAAUAUCAUAAAUACCCUAAAGCCUAAAUACUGGUUUAUUGAGAAUCCUAAAAACGGUCGAAUGAAAGAGCUGAGCCCACUGCCCACAGGGGCCCUGACUGGCCUUUCCCCACUGAGGAGGCUCUCCUCCUUUUUCCUUUCCUAUCCCAAAGCGCUCGUCAAGAGCAAGGGCUCGGAGUUGUCGCUGAAGAUGCUCUGGACGCCCGACGUCAUCAAAGGGCUGGAAGACGUGCCAGAAGCGCCAGACGACGACGACGAUGACGAUUCAGUUGCUGUUCAGCAGAACCUUUUUAUGAAGGUUUCGCCAUCCUACCAACCUACCUCUCAAACUCUCUUAAUCUUGACAUUGAAUCUUUUCUCUACAUCUGUUAUUUCCAUAUUAGCUUUCUCAAAUAUUUUAAAAAGUUCAAAAAGUACUGAGAUCCUGGCGCUAAUGCGUAACCCUCGCAGCUGCCCUCAGCCUCAUGAGGAUAUGAGACUGCCAGCUCAGCAAAGUCCAAACUGGCUGUUGCCAGGACGCUCUAUGGGUUUAGCUUUUUCUUGGUGCCUCCCGCAUAGACCGAAAACAUUCUUCAUCUUCAGUGAACUGCAUCUUGAUGUUGCAGUGCACCUUAAGCCGUGCCCACGCUCGCGUGGUUAG